UGGGGGAGGAUAUACUGGGAGUGGAAUCAGAUUACACAUCCUGCCUGGGAAGGGAGAGCCUGGCUCACACACACACAGGGAAGGAGGGGAUCUAUCUCUUACUUUUGUCAUAUCACUGCUUGGGGAUCGCGACAGAUACUACAGAAUCUAAGCAAUCAACAGGUCUACCAGGACUUUUAAUUUACUUUUAGGCUCUUCCACCGGACCAUGUGAGGGGGGAGACAUAUAAAAAUGGCUGACAGCUCAGACUGGGUGGAGAUUAUUGAGCCACGCUCUCAUGAGCGGAUGUACGUAAAUUUGACAACUGGGGAAUGUGGCUGGGAUCCUCCACCAGAUGUCAAUGUGCGCCAGUCUGAUGAAAACCAGUGGUGGGAGCUGUAUGAUCAACAAAGCGGGCGCUUCUACUACUACAAUGCCCUGAGUCGCCGGACGGUAUGGCACCGCCCACAGCAAUGUGACAUCGUACCUCUGGCCAAAUUACAAGCUGUGAAACGUGCCUCCCAGCCCAGCCUCACUUCACGUGCCAGUCAAGAACGGAUCUUUCAAAGGGGCAGCACGAGCAGUGAGGGAGCAAACUCUCCCAUUGAGAUCCUGAUGCUUCAAGAUUCAGAGUAUGGAAAGGAUGGCUCUAAAAGAAGGGGAGACAGUAUGGAUAGCAGGAAGGACUCUGGAAGGUGGCAGCCUGUUCCUGGGACCAAAGCGGCCAUGCUGGUGAAGGUAAAUAGCCUGAAACAGGUGCCUGUGUCUCCAGCCUGCCCACCACUUCAAAAUAGCAACCCUAAAGCACCUGUCACCAGACCCACUGCUUGUGCACAGGUACCACCCUCUGCUAUGCAAGCAAAAUCUGCUCUUGAUCAAAAGCAAUCUAUGCAAAUAAAGAAAACUGACAAUGGUGGAUUCUGCCUUGUCCUAACUAAUGGGGCCACUUGUCAAACUCCACAAAGGACUCCUACAGGGACACUGCAGCCCUCAUCUCCUAGGUAUGGUUCUCCACCACCUAUAUAUGAUGAGCCUUCUCUGGAAUCUCCAAUUUAUGAUUUGCCACCAGCAGAGAUGGACUUUGAAAGCAUGACUGCGCACUCAAUUUCUCCACCUUUGUCCCCAACUAACAGCCUACAGAGCCAUUCACAGAUGCCUAAGCUUUUGCCUUACCCAAGUGUUCAUCAGAAUAAACACAAGAGGAACCCAUCUGCUACAGAGUACAGUCCCGCAGGCAGGGAGUACAUAAAGCACAUGGUCAAUGUUGACCAAACCACUAAACAGACUAUUUCUCCUACAGGAUCUCUUGAUGUUACACCUAAACAUCAGCCUAGUCCGUUAGCCUUAAAAGACAGUUUUAAACAUUCUUGGAGGGUCUUGGAAGCUAAUGUUCUGAAGAAUGUGGAAGCUCACCAUAACAGGCAGAACAGCCUUCCUCAAGACUACCCUACAGUGGUAAGUCAGCAGGACUCUGGGUACUCCACAGGUCCUUCUCCUAGUUUGAGGAAAAGGAAAGGUAGGAGACAAGGGAAUGUUCAAAUAAGACCUGGUUCUGUUGGCAGCAGCAGUGAACUCAAUGCUUUGAAUGAAAAACUGAUUGCUGAGAUGAGAACAGUGGUCGGCAGGACCACCAUUGGGAGGGGUAGCAAGACUAGUUUGGACACAGAUAUGACAGAAAACAUUGCUCCAGAGAGUAACCGGGUGCGAUUUCAGACUGGCUCCUUAAAUAACGGUGUGGGGAGAGGUUCAAGGGACGACAUCACAUCCAGCAGUAGGUCGUUGUACAGACCUGGAACAGAGAUCCGAGAGUGUGGUAGAGCAGAAAUAAAUGUUCAGCCAGAAGUGGUACGGCAGAAACGGACUUAUGAGAAAAUAGAUUUCUUGGAGAAGAAGGUCACCAGCCAGGCAAGUUUACUCUCAUCGGAAUCAACAAGAACAGUAUCGCAGAGUGGAACUCUAGAGGGAAAUCCUGCAUGUGAAAGUCGGGGGCAGCCAACGUUUGGACCUGGAUACCAAUUUCCUUAUACUACUUUGAGGAAACCACUUUCUCAAACAAGCAUGGUGGAUUGGGCCUCCAAAAAUCUCAACAUGCAUACACAGGGCAUUUUCCGCCGAAGACUCUCAAUAUCCAAUAUGCUCUCUUGGAAUGGUGGUUCCAUCAAAAAGCCCAUGCUAAUCACCAGCAAUAGGGUCAUCAAGAAAGAAGCUUGUGAGAUGUUCAAGCUGGUUCAGAUUUACAUGGGAGAUCGUCAGGCCCGGACAGACAGGAACCAGGUGGCAUUGGUGCUAGUGACCAAGUGUUGGACCUUGCAAGGGUUACGGGAUGAACUGUAUAUGCAACUGGUGAGACAGACCACAAAUAACAUGUCUUACAGAAGCCUGUCUUGGGGAUGGGAACUUAUAGCUAUCAGUUUGGGCUUUUUCUCCCCAUCUCCAAAAUUUCAGUCAUACUUGGAAGGAUACAUUUACAGACACCUGGACGAAACUAGUGAUCUUAAUAUUCACCAGCGGAUUCAGGAAGUACAGGAACUGAAAUCUAAGAAGAUCUCAAAAUCACGGAAAAAAAGAAAACAAAAUAUAGACGACGAGGAAGGUCUUCCAAUCAGCACCUAUGCUAAAUACUGCUACCGCAAGCUGCAGAAAGUGGCAAUUACUGGAGGAAAGAAGGGGCUGAGAAAGCCGACACUGGAGGAAAUAGAGCAAGCUAAAGAUGCCAUCUUGACCCCUUCUCUGUUUGGUAGCUCCCUGGAAGAGAUUAUGGAAAGACAGAAAGAAGUGUACCCUGAUCGCCGGCUACCAUGGGUACAGACGCAGCUCUCACAGCAGGUGUUGGCCUUGGGAGGUGAAAGGACAGAGGGAAUAUUUAGGGUCCCUGGAGAUAUUGAUGAAGUUAAUGCACUAAAACUGCAGGUGGAGCAGUGGAGGAUUCCAGACACUCUCUCAGACCCCACCAUUCCUGCAUCUCUUUUGAAGCUUUGGUAUCGAGAGCUGGAGGAGCCUCUGAUACCGCAGCAGUUCUACAAGCAGUGUAUUAGUAACUAUGAGAAUCCUGAUGCCGCAGUGUCUGUCGUGCACCAACUUCCCGACCUGAACAGGCUGGUUCUGUGUUACCUCAUCCACUUCCUCCAGAUUUUCUCUCAGCCUUCAAAUGUUGGCAUAACAAAGAUGGACGUCAACAAUCUUGCCAUGGUCAUGGCACCGAAUUGCCUACGCUGCCAGUCAGAUGACCCCAGAAUUAUCUUUGAGAACACCCGAAAAGAAAUGUCUUUUUUGAGGAUGCUGAUUGUCCAUCUAGACACAAGUUUUGUGAGGGGCUUGCUCUAAGAUGGAGAGAGGCCACAGGCCCUUCUAUUCUUCUUCUUUCUUGUGUAUAUAUCAGGUUUUGUCUUUUCCAUUUGAGAGUUGAAAGGUGCGGUCCCUCCAGGGGAAAGAGGAUGUCCCUCAGAGGGCUCAUAUAUACAAAAUUCUCAGGAUUUUUCUAGCACUUUCUCAAAAAAAUUCUGGAUAGGUCAUUGGUGCCAAAGGCAUUUAAAAUUACCAUGAAUCUUUAACGUCAUCAGUAGUGAUCUGUGAACAUGCUUUCUCAUGUCCAGUCUUUAAUAAUGUGAAAACAAUAUUUUCUGUGUCUAUCUUUAGAGUGAGUGUGUUAUGCUUACCUCAUUCAGAGCCAUCUUUACAGUGAGAAUAAAGUCUGUCUAAGAUGCUUAGAAAUCAAGGCUUUUUUAUUUUUAUCUGUUGCUUUGGAGGGACCGUACCUCAUAAUAUAUUUUACUUUUUUUUUUUUAUUAUUAUUAUUUGUUUGUUUUUUUACUUUGGGUUUUAAUUUAGGCUUCUUUUCAACUGUAAUGUUAGAGCUCACUGUCACUGCAUGAGCCAUGAGUAUUGCUACCCUUCAUUAAUAGGUUUGCUGUGACAUAUUGAUCUAUAAUAUGUCAUACUAUAACAUCUUGCUAACGAUUUAGUUCCGUUUCAGAAACGUGAACUGGCAGUUUGCAAACUUCGAUUAAUUUCUUCAGGCACAACAUUCACUGAUGUGUUUGUUUGUGUUUUUACUGGUUUUACCACUGUAAAGCACUUGUGUACCACACAAACCUAAAUCGUGCUAAUGGGCCAAUAGAGUGUGCACAUAUUAUCACAUGAUCCCACAGUUCCAGCGAUGUAACCAUUUUCUAUUUGCUUUGGAGCAACUUUGUAUCUAGUGCUUAGAAGUACUUGAGUCCCUGCAUGACUGCAUCCCAAAAUACUUUAAUUUGUAUACAAAACCCCUUCAGUUAAGUAAAUCCUCUGUUCAUGUGCAAUAUGGUUUUGUUCUUGUUAAGAAUUAAAAAUAGACUUCAGGAUAUCGCAAUUUAAUGCUACCUGUUCAAUUUACCAUUUUCCUGUGGAACAGUACAAGGCCUUUUCCUGUUUCCCGCUGACAUGUGAAGUUCUAGAAUGGUCUGUGCCUAUUUAAUGCUAAAACAAGACCUAGUAAAUGACAGAAAAUAAGAGUUCUUUCUGAGCACUGUUGUGUUUCCAUGCCACAGGCAAGCUGUCUGCGUUUCCUAAUCAUUUAUGAGGAAUUAACAUUGUUAAAAAUGAAUCCAACGCACAAGUAGCAGAGACAGAACAUGGCUGCUGGAAUGCUCCCUUGAUUGCUAGUUACACAUGAAUAUAACCAAUUCUGCCGCAUUUCUACUUUGUUUACACAAUGCAGAAAAAUUGAGUUUGUUUAUUACACAAGUGAGUAUGUACAAUGUGUACAGGAAGUUGUCCAUUAAACUACAAACAUCUGUCCCAAGGAGAUAAUAGAUAUUCUACCCUGAGCCUAAUAUUUUACUAACAUAUAGAGCAGGUAUAGGAAUACCAUGGAAAACCUGGCAGCUAUGGAAAACUGUGCAAUAGAGUGACAGGAAAGGUGUGGCAACGCUUUCAUUUCUCCACACAUUAUUGGAGCAGCACUUCAGCUUACCCUAGCUACGGUGUUACUGUACAUGGAUUUUAUGUGGUGUAAGGUUGGACUAUGCAUUGACUAUGCACUGCCAAUUUCACAAUUUGGAUUAUGGAUUGGUUGCUUUGGCAACUACUCCAUUUCAUCUUUCGCCAAAGCUUGAUACAUCUCCCCCUCAUAUUCCUUACUGUCUUUGAACACUGCAUCAUAUCUGCAGAAUGUCACUUUUCACACAACUGGGCCAUGUGCGCAAAUAUGUUCUAAAAGGGUCUAUAUAUCAGUCGGUCAAAUCCACAAUUCCCCAAUGGCCAUUCUGAUACAACAUGUUAGAAAUCCCUGACUCGCUGAUUCUGAUCAAUUUUGGGUUGGAUUUCACAAAUCAAGGAUAUCCAACAUGUCGGAUUUUGCCAAUUGUCAGACACAAUCCUCACCAAACGUAGGAUUUUGCAAAUAGAUUGUUGAUGUAUGGGCCCCUUUACCCCUAACAACCAUGGUCAUUUCCUAACCUCCAGUAAAUGUUAUAGGUCGCUAUAGGCUACAGCCUCCAAUAUGGAAGCCCCAUUGUUCGGUAUGGUGAGUUGCCUUCAUUGUGGGUAUGACACUGAUCAUUUUCUUACUGCAUUAACCAAUGUAACUGUUGUAAAAAAACAAUCCUUUGUUAUUUUAUUUCUGUUUUAAAAUAUUGCUUUGUUAUCAAUGCUGUUUUUUAAUGUUUUUAUUUGUUGAUAACAUUUUCAGGCAGAGAGAUUUUUCUUGCCCUUUAGAGCUAUGCAUUGUAAAAAUUCUAUACAGCAGUUCUGUCUAUUGUCACAUCUGAGGCUGGGUACCCACUGGAGAUAAAACAUAUACAUUACUAGAGCUUUUUAAUAGUAACGCUGUGGAUUUCCCGCAACAUUAUGAUUACACUGAUCCUCAUACCCGCUUCCGGAACUUACUCCAGUCACACCCACUGGGGCAGACAGCUUCACUCUACAGUCUGUUAUUGUCACCUGCUGACCGCAUAUUUCCAUACAUCCGGGUACAAUCCCAUCAUUUUCAAUCAGUUUAUUAUUGCGUUCAUUUUGACACCACAGAUUGUGUUUGGCCAGAGUAGGAGCUCCUAAUAAAAUCUGUAAAUAUAUUUGCUUAAAAGGUUAAAUUGUAUGAUAUUGGUGAUAUAUUAAACAUGUUUAAAAACUGGUAUAGCUAUCGCUAGCUAAAAAAAGCCAGAUUAAUAUUCAGCACCAACAUAAUAUAGCGUCUCAUGUCACUGAGGCGUUAUUAUUCCAAGAGCUUGCUGAACAUUUGGCCACAGAAGAUUUCUACAUUUCUACUAAUGUAUUUUUUUAUUUGGAUGUUCCCGAGCUGUGAUGGGAACAUUUGUUUUCUAAAACACCAAAGACUGGCACCACAUAGUUUUAUGACCUCAUCAGACUUGUACAUUUGAUGAUUUAAGGUUUUUAAAUAAAUUACAUUGAGUAGUGGUGAGAAUAAGGGGGUCCGGACUAUAAAUCAACACUAAAAAGGUCUACAGUCAAUAGGUCCUACCAAUAAUGGUAGACGUGCAUUAGGACGGCAGGGUCAAAAGGUCAACAUGACCGUGGUCGACACAUAUUGUAGACCCAAGAUUUUUAUUUGAUUUUUUUCAACUUUUUUACACUUUACCAUCCACGUGGACUACGAUUGGGUAUAAUAGUCUGUGCCGAGUGCAGCAGUACCUUGCCAUAAACUGUGAGGGGGCGCAGUACACUAAUGGGUCUUGUUUGUUGCAGAAAAGUGACAAAACACCCCCCCCCUCCAAAAAAAUUAUUUGUGGCCACCAUUUUCAUGUCGACCUUUUGUCAAUGUCAACCUUUUGACCCUAUCGACUUAAUGCAUGUGUACCAUUAGUGGUCGACCUAUUGACUGUAGAUCUUUUUAGUGUAGAUCUAAUAAUCCACACCCAAGAAUAAGUGGGAUCUGUGCUAAGCAAUCUGUACGCAGAGAGUAUGUUCCAUUUAUCACUUUCUGCAAACGAUUACAGACCAUCAUAAGUGAGGUGUAUUAUUCAGACAUUAAGAAACACACUUGUAGUUUCAGUAGGGUAUUGUCUACUACAUGUAGCUACUGCAGUGUGUUGUACCAUCUAGGAAAAACAUUGCGCUCGCUGUAAGGUUAUUUACCCUGGAAAGCCUCUGGGAAAGAAGUCACACGUUCUGGGCGUCUCUCCACUGCUGGCAUGACUGCUUUGCCAUGGCAUACUUGGCGCUUUCCACUGGUUAAGAUCGCUUAUGUAAUGUAGUGGGUAAGGGAGACAUAAGUUUACCCAUCAGACUCAUUCUUUAGAACGUGUCCCUUUUCUCUCCUAGUUACAUUUGACACAAUGUACUACAAGCCAUAGACCCAGCCUUCUCUUUCCCCAGCCACCCAACCAACUCAGUACUUACCGUUAUACCUGACAAAAUGAGAGAUUACAAGUACAGAUUGCCAUAUGACAUAUAACAAUAGUUUGAUGAAGUGUAUAAAUUCCUAUGUAUAAAAUGUAUUUUUGCCUCUCAUAUCUGGACUGCCAUGAUGUGGGGUUCCUUACUGUUUACUGUUGUGCCAUUGUGCAGGAUUUCUUUACAAAAAUAUUUUUUAAGAAGUGGUUGGAUUUCUGAAAAUCUUUGUAUCUGAGUUGAGUAUGUAAUUGCAGCUUUGUGUGUUUCUGUUCUGUAACGUUCUCUACACUGGAACUGUUCUUUGGCUGUAAGAUUUCUGAUCAUUAAACUGCAGGUUUUCCUGCUUUUGUAUGUUGUGCAAGCAAUAAUAAAAAAAACCAAUUCUUACAGUAUAA